AGCAAGCAGUAGCGGGCGACAGAGCUGGAAUAAAGGGAGCUAGUGGUAAAGUUUAGGUAGCAGUUGCCAUCAUGCUCAAAGCUGUGAUCCUGAUUGGAGGCCCUCAAAAGGGGACCCGCUUUAGGCCUUUGUCUUUUGAGGUGCCCAAACCCCUGUUUCCAGUAGCGGGGGUCCCUAUGAUCCAGCAUCACAUUGAGGCCUGCCAGGUCCCUGGGAUGCAGGAGAUUCUGCUCAUUGGCUUCUACCAGCCUGACGAGGCCCUUACCCGAUUUCUAGAGGCUGCCCAGCAGGAGUUUAACCUCCCCAUCAGGUACCUGCAGGAAUUUGUGCCCCUGGGCACAGGAGGUGGUCUCUACCAUUUCCGGGACCAGAUCCUGGCCGGGGGCCCCGAGGCCUUCUUUGUGCUCAACGCUGAUGUCUGCUCCGACUUCCCCUUGACUGCUAUGUUGGAUUCCUACAGACACCAGCCUCACCCUUUCUUGCUCCUUGGCACCACGGUCCUGCACUAUGUGGAGAAACCCAGCACCUUUGUUAGUGACAUCAUCAACUGCGGCAUCUACCUCUUCUCCCCGGAAGCCCUGAAGCCCCUUCGGGAUGUCUUCCAGCGUAACCAGCAGGAUGGGCAACUGGAGGACUCCUCAGGCCUGUGGCCAGGGGCAGGCAUCCGCCUAGAGCAGGACGUGUUCUCCGCCCUGGCUGGGCAGGGCCAGAUCUAUGUGCACCUCACUGAUGGUAUCUGGAGUCAGAUCAAGUCCGCAGGCUCAGCCCUCUAUGCCUCCCGCCUCUACCUGGGUCAGUACCAGCUCACUCACCCAGAACGCCUGGCCAAGCACACUCCUGGGGGUCCACGAAUCCGAGGAAACGUUUACAUCCACCCCACAGCUAAGGUGGCCCCAUCAGCCGUGCUGGGCCCCAAUGUCUCCAUCGGGGAGGGGGUAACCGUGGGCGAGGGUGUGCGGCUCCGCGAGAGCACUGUCCUCCAUGGGGCCACACUGCAGGAGCACACGUGUGUCCUGCACACCAUUGUGGGCUGGGGGAGCACUGUGGGGUGCUGGGCCCGUGUGGAGGGUACUCCCAAUGACCCCAAUCCCAACGACCCCCGAGCGCACAUGGACAGUGAGAGCCUCUUCAAGGACGGGAAGCUGCUGCCUGCCAUCACCAUCCUAGGCUGCCGCGUCCGGAUCCCUGCUGAGGUGCUCAUCCUGAACUCGAUUGUUCUACCACACAAGGAGCUGAGCCGCAGCUUCACCAACCAGAUCAUCCUCUGAGGGGGACUCCCAGAAGGCACCCCCCUCCCAACUCCCAACUCCUACCUGCGCCCCUUGAGGCUCCUUCCUGCAGGGCCGGCCUCUGUCCAAAAGGACCAGAGGAAGCCAGGCAGGAUCUUCACGUGCCAGGCGCAACCUGGGUGGCUGGGGGACUCCUGGCCUCCCUCUUCAGUCCCUAAUAAACCCGGGUGGACCUUGGAGCCAAAAAAAAAAAAAAAAAA